AUGACCGUGGCUCAACUGGUCGGCCUCUUCGAAUCCAUAGACCGAAGGGCAAAGGCUGACGUGGUGCCCCGCCAGCUCAGGACCAUAUACCCUCCGAGCAGCCAUCAAGCCUUCACCGAGAGCAACAGCAACAACUUGGACUCGGUCGUCGCCAUGUCCGCUCGCAAAAUGAAGCUGUCUCUACACACCAUGUUCCACCACCAAGACCGCUCCUCUUCGUCUUCCGCAUCAUCUCGCUCCCGCUCCCGCUCCGCCCGCCGCAGCAGCCGCACGCCCACCGCCAGCACCUCAGCGGUCCGCCCCUCCAUGGGCCCGUCACCCACACCAGCCUAUCCCUUCCUCAACCGCCCACACACGCCCACCAACACUACACCAGGCUCCACCUCGCCGUCCGGCAUGCUCUCGCCCGCCAGUGCCAACACCUCGCCGGCCUCAUCCCUCAGCAGCCGUCACCACUACAGCCACCAUCCGUACAUGCGCCGCCAGCCAUCGGCGGUGGAUCUGGCAUUGGAGGCCGAGCGCGAUGCGGUCGGAGUCGAGAACAUCGGCCUCGGGCUCCUGGAGCCACGGCCACGGACUCGGGCAGCGAGUGGUGGAGCGGUGUCGCCGUCGUCGUCGGCUUAUGGCAUGUGCUCGUUGAUGGAGGUGUUGGGCGAGAGCCGUAGGGCAGGCAGCGUGGAGAUGGAGGUGGGGGUUCUGGAUGGCAUCUUUGAGGUCCUGGAGCGUGGGUCAUGA